AUGGUAGCCACUGUAAAAGCUUGCGAGUUAGACGACUACCUUUAUAAUGUGUCACUGCUUCAGGAAUUGGUUGAUCGCCUGCCACCGAUGAUCAAGCUUAAUUGGGCUGUACAUCGACAGUCACUCGAGCGGUCGACUCUAAUACUGUUUCGUUAUGUACCUGUCAUCCUGCACGGUCCUGAAUCUAUGAUCUACAGUUAUGCAUUUCUUGACGAUAGAUCAUCUUUAACAUUGCUCGAGAACGAGCUAGCUACAGAGCUCAUGCUUGAAGGAACUUCGCAUCCGCUUUGCUUACGCUGGACUGCGGACACUUGUCGUUAUGAGAACUCAUCGACCUUGGUCUCCCUGGAGAUUUCUGGUGUUCAGAAUUCUGAAUCCAAGUACCGUUUGACCGACGUCCAUACAGUAAAAGAACUUAAGCUUCCUUCGCAACCUUUAACGUUUGACGAACUAUCCAAAAAGCAUGGCUACUUGGAAGGGCUUCCAAUAGACUCAUACAUCGACGUUCGUCCGAGAAUCCUAAUAGGAAUCAAUAAUUGGCGAGUGGGACACAUAUUAGAUAGCAGGGAAAGUGGAGAAACGGACCUUAUCGCAGCAAAAACUCGACUAGGUUGGAUGUUACACGGAUCGUAUACUGGUAGAAGAAUCCCAAAGGGUUAUAUGACUCAUCACAGUUACGCUGUAUGCACGAACGCUAUUCAAAAUGACGAUGAUCUCCAUAACACAGUUAAAAGUUUUUUCUCACUUGAUAGUCUUGGAAUAAUGCAACCUAGCAAAUCCGUCACUUCCAGUGAAGAUGAACGAGCUCUGACCAUGAUGCGUGCAUUAACUGUUCAAAAGGGAAAUCGCUACCAAACAGGACUGCUGUGGAAAUUCGACGAUGUCAGACUACCGAAUAAUAAGUCAAUGGCAAUGAGAAGAUUCCAUUAUCUUGAGCGGAAAAUGGCUAACGAGCCGCGACUUGCUGAAUCCCUAAAGGCGAUGAUUGAGGACUAUAUAAAAAAGGGUUAUGCACGAAGGUUAUACCCUGAUGAGAUCAAGGAGCAACAUUAUAGGGUUUGGUACCUUCCAAUGUUCCCGGUAUUCAACCCAAAUAAACCCGGGAAGCUUCGUAUCGUGUGGGAUGCUGCUGCCGCCGUGAACGAUGUUUCACUUAAUUCAGUCCUCAUGAAAGGACCAGAUCAACUAACCGAGCUUCCAUCGGUUCUAUAUAGGUUUCGCGAGCAUCCGGUGGCCAUUGGAGGAGACAUACGCGAGAUGUUCCACCAGGUGCUAAUUAAUGAAACUGAUCAGCAGUACCAACGCUUUCUAUGGCGUAGUGACGCGAGACAAAACAACCCCGAUGUGUACGUGCUGACGGUAAUGUCAUUUGGGGCUACUUGCUCUCCGAGUUGCGCGCAGUAA